GUUGACUGAGGACAAAGACACUUGAAGUGAGUGCCUGUAAAUUGGAGGAGACGAGUGAAACAAGUUCUUUGUAUUAAGAUUUUCACUGCUAUUGACUCAUUGACUCACAGUGAAACACAGUGGCUGAAUGUGUGAACUACUUGGAACUACAUUUCCAAAGGCAGGUCUUAGAUGGGUGGUUCUCAAACUCUGGUAUGUGUACCAAUGGUGGUACAUGGGCUCCCUCUAGUGUUUUUUUAAUACACUGGCAAAAUAGUGACAUUAGAUACAAUAAAUCAACCUUUAAGUCUCUGUGAAAAAAAAAAUUCAUAUUUGGAGGUGAAUGUUGACGAUUUGUGAAUUAAAAUGCCAGUAUAGAGCAGCGUUUUCAUACAGUGUGGCUUUGGCUGAUUAAUAGCUAACAAAGAUUACGGUAUUUUCUGGAUACACACUGGAGGUAUAGGUCGCAUCUGUCCAAAAAAUGCCAUAUGAUCCACACCAGUGUAUAAGUCACACUGAUUAUUUAAAAAAAAAAAUCACAAAAAUAAAAGACAAAUGUUCUGGAAAGAUCCCGAUCUGUCCUGAAUGCAGUCAUCAUCUGUGACACUAGACGAUUCCACCAACUCCAGAGGAAGACAGCACUGCUUCCACUGCUGGGCUGUCAUCAGACCUACCAUUAUCAAUAUGGCUGUAUGGACCUUUUUACAUCUUGAACUAAUUUUUUGUUUAGUUGGUGCCCUCUUAUGGUCAUGGAUGACAUAGCAUAGAUUUAAUAUCAGUUGCAGGACCAAACAAACCUCUGAAAUCAACCAUUACUUAUAUUAGGGAAAAUACAGUAAUAGAAAUUGUCAUUGUUUUUCAUAGGGAUGCUUGGCCACCUCUGCUCACGACUAUCAAUACCAAUCACUGAAAACAAGAUUUAAUUGAAAAUAUAACACAACACAUUGAAAGGCUCGUCUUCUGCAUCUCCACUCCCUUGGCUGGAAUCCUGGAUGACAUAUGACUAGAGAAUCUCCUUCUAUCAAUAGUGGUGCCCGGCGAUGUCACCAUGUGUGUAUGAGUGAAGACAGGGGCAUAGGUCAGACAGAAAGGCCACUCGCUAUUGGACAAAGGGCAGCCAGUGUGUGCUGCUGUGAAUGCCAUUAUUCACACAGAUUAAUAAGAAGAAGAAGUGACAAGAAUUGACAUGACGUGAACAUAAUGGCUGUGCACAGUGUCAUUCCCGCAGCCUUUGUACACACAGAGGCUUAGACUGUACGAAGUCGGGUCACGUUAACGUCCACUGGUCACAGGGUCGUGGAAACAUUUCUGGGCACAAGAAAACAGAAAUCUUCUAAACCAGGCAGCGCACAGAGGGAGUCCACCAGCAUGGCAGAGCACAAGGACAACAUGAACGACUUCAAAGUCCAAACAGCCAAGCAUCCAAACAUGAGCUCAGCUCCCCUGCGACCGCACAGCGAACACUCGAAAGACCGAGCGUCCAAAAGGCUGUCCACCGAGUCCAACGGGACCAGUGAGGGAGGACAGGGUUCCUCCACACCGGUGGAGGUGACAGCUUUGGAAGAGUCCUUCAAGCGCUUCGCCAUCCACGGCGACACACGUGCUACUGGCAAGGAAAUGCACGGCAAGAACUGGUCCAAACUCUGCAAAGACUGCGGCGUGAUUGACGGCAAGAGCAUCACCCUGACAGACGUGGACAUCGUCUUCAGCAAAGUCAAAAAGAAAUCCAGUCGAACCAUCACAUUUGACGAGUUUAAAUGUGCACUUGGAGAGCUGGCCAGGAAGAAAUACAAAGACAAGACAGGAGAGGACGCUGAGGCUGAGGUGGUCAAGCUGAUUGAAGGAAAGGCGCCGGUCAUUGCUGGGGUCACGCGAGCGGUGGCUUCUCCAACAGUAAGCCGUCUGACAGACACCACCAAGUUUACAGGGUCGCACAAGGAGCGUUUUGAUCCAAGUGGUCGUGGGAGGGGUAAGGCCGGACGAGUAGAUAUAGUUGACACUUCCGGAUACGUCUCGGGAUACAAGCAUCAAGGGUCGUAUGAAAAGAAAGUCACUAAACCCACCGCGGGGAAACCCAUGUGAGGGUGAAGACGAUGAAAUUAACAUUUGAUCAACUGAAAGGAUCGUUUUCUAUUUAAAAAAAGGAGAGUACUGAAAGGAAGCACAACAGAAAAAAAAAUGUAUAUUUUUCCAACCCGUUUGUUUGGUGUGUGUCUCCUGUAUGUAUGUGUGAGUAAAAGAAAGAGAAGUUUUUAGUUCCUCUCUUUGUCAGUUUUGAAAACUGGAAAAUUGUUUACAUGUAUUUUAACAAGUUUAUCACUAGCUGGUACAUUCCUGUAUAAGAACAAGUUACUGCCAAAUACUGAAGUGAACAAACAGAACCUUCUUUGCUUUGAAAACAGAAGCUCUUUGUUGUUAUAGUACCUUGAUAUAUUUAUUGAGCACAAGAACCAAAAUGCCAAGAAAAAUAAAAACGGGGGAAACGGUGAAUUUUUUAAACCUUCAGUGCACAUAUGUCCCGUUCCAGCACUUUUGAAUUUUGAAUUUUUUUCAAGAUAAUUGGCAAAUAUUUAAGACACUGUUUUUUAAUUAUCCUUGUGUGUGAAAGCCAUAAUCCUUUGGUUAAAUGCUCUGGUAUACUAAUGUUCAACAUGAAUCUAGAAUUGGUCACAGCCGUUUCCUUGAGAAAAAAAAAAAGCAAAAUAUAACAUUUUGCUUUAAAGACUAGCUCCUCCUACAGGACAUAGACGUCACUCCACCAUGCUGGCCACCACAGGCCCACAUGCAGAGACAACUAUAAACAACCAUUCACAUUCAUGCCCAGCAUUCUUCCAUUUGUUUUUACUGUCAUCUACUAGCUCUGUUUUCCUUAACUGGUAAAUAUUGGCACCAGAAAGGUGAAAAUGGCAGCAGAGGACAGUAUCAUUGCGGAUGAACACACCACUUCCUGUGGACCAUUAAAAUCAACUGCAGAAUUCCUGCAAACUUAAACGUAUUCCUGCAUACUUAAAAAGUACAAUUCAAUUGUCAACUUCUUCUACCACAUGUCGGCGCCCACAACAAACAUUUUCCGGCCUGUGGCCUUUAAUAUCUGCUCGCUUCUGUGACCAUGUGAACAAAGUUGUCUGCUUACAACACCUAAAGUCAUUCAUUUAAACAUUCCAUUUUUUUUAGAGUUCUUAAAAGUUAUUGUACGUACAAACAGACAGAUAUAAACAUGGAUUUUUUUUUUUAUUAAAUAUAUGACUUCAGCUGAUGGAAGCUCUGACCACAGUAGAUGACCUUGGUUGACAGAUUGUAUUAUUACUCAUAUCCCUAAUCAAAUUUCUAUUCAGUAAUUCUAAUAUAUUUGUGGUAAAAAGACUGUGUAUAUUCUAAAAUGUAUUAGCCAUUUAACUUAUGACACUGACUUUGUUUGUUUAUAUAUUUUUUUGUAAUGCUGUACUUUGUGCAUGUUAUCUAUAUGACGUUGGAUUUUUAAAAGCGUGUAAACGACCGCAGCGGUUCGUCGCGUCUUUACUGACCUGCUGUGAGGACAGACUACUGGAGUGAUUUGUUUUCCUGCUCAAAAAAAAAAAAAAAAAAAAAAAACAAACAAAAAAAAAAUCGAGUUUAAAAUUGUGCUAUAAAGAUAGUCUUGUACUGCUCUAUAUUAACAUACACAGUGUAUCAACUUUACAUUUUACAGUUACACAAAACAAACUAUUCGGUAAAGCUAUUAAAUACAUUUAAUGAUUUAUUGAUUUGCAACAGGCCUAACAACAGGAGACAAAGGGAAUUUGUAAACGAUCAAAAGUUUGAAUCCUUCCUAGAAAGAUUAUUUUGCCAUGCACGUACAAAAGCUACAUGGAUCUGUUGACUUUAAAACUACGGUUGCCAGCGUGAAGCCCCAGAUGUUACUAGUACUUCUACAGAUUUCAAAAAGACCUCUGCUUAACUGACAGAAAAAGGUUGUGGGACAUAUUUAAGACAACUGACAGAAACUGAACAUUAAUAGUCCAAACAAGUAUGAGAGACUAUGUUCUUUAGCACAUGACCAC